AUGGAUAGUCCGCUCGGCGAAAGGGAAUUUCACGUGGGGUUCUGCUUUCCCACAUGGACAGAGGAGCAACGAAGCAUUCUAUCAUUCUGGCGCGUGCUGUUCUACAAUGAACUGAAAGUAGAAGGACUCAAAGGUCAUCUAGAGUGGUCUACUCUAGAUCUUUCAGAAUUGCUACACCAUGGCCCUUACCAGCAUUUUACCACGGAUAUUGCGAAAUUUCAAGCCAUUACCGCAUUACGCUUUAUUUCUGAGCAAACAACCCCAGAAGGCUCUGAGGAAGAGCUGUCAAAGGGGGCUGAACAGCUCGGACCAUUUCAGUUACCCAGGCUCCCUGAGGGCAAAGAGUUCGGCUGGACAUGUCAGCCGCCGCCGUCUCUAUGGGCUGUGACUCAAGGAUGGAAUCCUGACGACCCGCGUCUCCUUGAACCGAGAGCAUUUAUCAGAUCGAAGACGAGUCUACGGAUUCUCGCUUCAUAUAGUGAAUCCGACGACGAGGAGCUCUUACUUACUCCGCUCGAAAGUGAGGAGCCGGAGAGUGAGGAAUCCGAGAUCUACGAGUCUGAAAGCGACGAGGAUGACAGUGAUGAUGGAUGGGGAGUUGGAAGAGGAGGAUGCCUUCUUCGAAUACCAUCAUCAUCAUCUGAGGAAAGCGUCACAUUGGAAGAGAACCCAUCAAGGGACCCGGAGAUCACAUCCCCAGUGCCUUUGAUUCAAGACUUUGGACAGUUUCCAACCGGAGAGGAGUGCCAAAAGCUUCACGGACAAACGAUUGGGGUACAAUUCUGGAACAGAAUGCGUCGUCGUAGUAAUGCCGGCCCGGGUCAAUAUAUAAGGUCGGGCGCGUAUCUCAAAUAUGGCUUCGCUAUCUGGGAGCAACAGAGAAUGAUUGACAUGGGACUAUGGUCGACCCAAGCUCGUGCCGAUGCAUCCGAUUGCUUACGAAGAUGGUAUAGCUUUUUGAGCGAGGAGGAUCUUAACUAUCAUGACUCUAGACGGCGUCGAAUUGAUGGUAGCCCGCCAGGCUCAUAG